AUCAGAGCGCUUAUUUAACCAAAGCACUGAAGAACGAUCAUCAUGGCAUCCACCACUGAAGAAACCGCAGGGCCAUCCGCACGUCCUCCCAUUGAAGUGCGUUACUGCGAAGUGUGCACAUUCCCCCUUGAAUACUGCGAAUUUGGAUCAAGCUUUUCGAAAUGUAAAGAGGCAUUGCUACAGGAGGAUCCAGACCUUUACAACAAGUUCUACUCAGAAGAGGCUCUGCAAGCGAAGCUGGGUACACUAAGCUUGGAGGCUCAAUCCAAGCUUGAGAAGGAUACCGCUGCAAAGGAAGCCAAGGCGGAGAAGAAAGCUGAUGCAUUACUCAAGAAGAAAAUGGCAUCACAAGUCACGAUCAAGCGAAUAGAGCGUAACAAGCGGAAAUUCGUCACAUCCAUCCAUGGACUAGAAGCAUUCGGCGUGGACUUGAAGAAAGCUGCCAAGCUCUUCGCACAGAAGUUCGCUACCGGUGCCUCGGUCACCAAGAACCCCCAAGGUCUGGAGGAGAUUGUCGUCCAGGGCGAUGUGAGCGGUGACAUCGUGGAGAUGAUUGAAGACCAAGUGGGCCUGCUGAAAGGCGUUCCGAAGGACAACAUCGUCGAGAUCGAAGAGAAGAAGAAGAAGGGCGGAGGAGAUUAGUCGGCGAGUUCAUAAUGAACGUACGAAUUGAGAAGAGGCUCUCUAUUAGUACUGUAUUGAACGUAGAUCAUGUACAAUGUAACCUAGGAAAUCCAAAUUGUAUCCCUGAUCCCAAUCAACCGUCAUCACAUCUGUGGACAUGGUCACUAGGCCGCCGUUCUCGCAUUGACAUACUUGGACCUCUCCGUUUCGUUCUGUUUCCACCA